AUGAUGCAAACUGCUUUUCAUCAGCCCAUGGCUACCACUCUUCUAGCUGAUACCCCUUCCCCUGUCACAACUACUCUCAAGCACUCUUCUACUUCUGCCGCUGCUUCCGCUGCAGCUUCUGCUUUUUUCUCCCAGUAUGUCCCGUCUGAACCCCCAAGAACUGUCGUGAUUGUCUAUGGCCCGGAGCAGGAGAACAUUGUCCAGGUCGUGGCUGAAGUUCUGGGAAAGCCAUGGACGACGGAGACGUCACUUGCAACGUUGGUGAGCGGGAGUGCUGCCGUGGUAGUGGGUAUUCUGGCUCACGACCUGACCCGGAGUCUGGAAGGGUGCGACAAGUCUUCUCUGAUUCUGAUCAACACUCAUUGUGUGGAUGACGGAUCGGCUCCGUCUGAGAGCCUGACCGACUACUGCCAUUAUGAGUUUCUGUAUUCACACAGUCCCUUUUUCCGUCGUGAUUUAACUCGGUUUUUAUCGUUGAUUCUGGGUCAGACUAGGCCACAUGAGGAUCUGAGGACCAAGACUCGUACCAAUUUUAUCUCUACCACUUUUCCUGAUGUUCAUGCUGCCUUGCCUAACCUUGAUAUCCUGUCUGUGGGGUCGGAUGCCGUGGAAAUCCGCGUGGACUUGCUGGUCGAGCCCUCGCCCCAGGGGGUUAUCAGCCCUGUUCCUAGUUUGAAGUAUGUUGGACAGCAGUUGAUGCUGUUGCGGCAGCAUACGGAGUUGCCUAUUAUCUUUACUACGCGAUGUACGAAAGAGAAUGGCAAAUUUCCCAUGGAUGAUCCUAGUUUGUUCUACAAAUAUCUCCGUCGUGCUAUUCAAUGGGGCGUUGAGUAUGUUGAUGUCGAGUUAUGGCUUCCCGAGGAGAUCCGGAAACAACUCGCCCAAGACAAAGGCAACAGCAUCAUUAUGUCUGCGUUCCACGAUUUCUCCGGCACUUGGAAGUGGACGUCUCCCGAGGCACCGCGGAUUUUUGAAGAGAGUGCCAAAUAUUCCGAUAUCGUGAAGAUGAUCGCCAUGGUCAAUACCAUCGAGGAGAACUACGAACUAGAGUAUUUCCGGUCGACGAUCAAAGGGAAUCAGUCUUCUCCGCUCCUGUCUGCCGUCAACAUGGGUCAAAUGGGCCAACUGUCGCGGGCCCUCAAUACCGUCUUCUCACCCAUCACGCACCCUUUGCUACCUAUGAUUGCAGCACCGGGACAGCUGACUGCAGCGGAGAUCAACGAGGCUCUUCAUAUUAUGGGGUCGCUUCCUAAGCGAGAUAUGUACGCCAUCGGGUCGUUUCGAUCGACGCCGCAAUCCAUGUUCAUGGAAAAAUGCUUCAACGAGCUCAGUCUGCCGCAUACAUUUAAAUCUAUUGACCGUGGUCCUAAGGGGUCUAUUGAGGGAGUGAUUAUGCAGUCGACCUUUGGAGGGGCGUACGUGAACCCGCCCAUUGCCAGCUCUACGUCAUAUGUUCCGGCUGUCAGCGACGCAGCUCGUGCUAUUGGGUUGGUAGAUACUAUUGUCGUGACGGGUGGUAGCAAUGGACGGCAGCAGCGCACAUUCAUGGGCGAGAAUGCAGCCUGGAAGGGAAUCCGGGCGACAUUGACUCGGGAUUAUGUGCCGUCGGCGUAUCGUGGACGGGCAGCGAUUAUUCUGUCUGGCUCUGAAAGCGAUGCAUCGGCGGCUAUCUUUGCGCUGCGGAGUCUGAACGUCGGGGCCAUCUAUACUGUCGGGUUCAAGGCCAGUGGGCCUCUGGCAGAUGGUCUAGAGCCGUUUACGUCGAUACAGUCAGUCAAGCUGGUGGAGCAGCCGUUUGUCAUUGUGUCGGUACUGCCACCGGAGAAAUCGUUGCUGGUGCAGCCCUUGCUACGACACUACCGGACCAACGGACGGUCAUCGCCGCCGUCGACUCGGGGCAAGGUAUAUCUAGACCUGACGAGUGGUACGCGCAAGGGCGAUCCGCUGGGGGUAGCGAUCAGCGCAGGAUGGACGGCAUAUGGGACGGAGGAUGUGAAUGCAUGGACGACAGUUGAGACGCUACGACUGCUGGUUGGACAGAAUGUACCGUUUGAUUUUGUGCGAAUGGCCUCGGGACGGGUGUUUUUUUAA